GGCACCGACCCACACGGCAUCCGCCACCGAACUGCAGCCCCCACCGCCGCCCUCACGGAGGGGCCGUUAUCCGCUAUACAACCGCCUGGGGGAGCACAACGGGACAGGCAUCGCGGCGGGCAGCCCCGCGGCCGGUGUGACCGGGGGGCGGCGGUGGCGACCGGGGGUUGGAGCGGGGAUGGGGCCGGUGAGGAGGAGGGAGCGGGGCUCCAUCACGGCAGCGCUGUUUGUAAUGGCGGCUGUGGCCGCUCUAAUGCCCGCAGUGAGCGGCCGGCGGAGCCAGGACCUGCACUGCGGAGCGUGUCGGGCGCUGGUGGAUGAGCUGGAAUGGGAGAUCGCCCAGGUGGACCCACGGAAAACCAUCCAGAUGGGCUCGUUCCGCAUCAACCCCGACGGCAGCCAGUCGGUGGUGGAGGUGCCGUACGCCCGUUCUGAAGCUCAUUUAACGGAGCUGCUGGAGCGGGUGUGCGAGAAGAUGAAGGAAUACGGGGAGAAAGUGGAUCCGGCCACGCACCGUAAGAGCUACGAGCGAAUCGUGUCACACGACGGGACCAAAAUGGACCUGAACGGGCUCAAAAAUCGACCGGGCGACGUGGCCGCCAGCCUCAAUUUGCGGUGUUGUGAGAGCAUCGCUGAGGAGUACGAGGACGAGCUCAUUGAGUUCCUGUCCCACGAGGCUGAUAACGUCAAGGACCGGCUGUGCAGCAAGAGGACGGAUCUAUGUGACCACGCUCUGCACCUCCCACACGAUGAGCUGUGACACCGCCGGCCCCGGGCUGCUCUGACCCCAUAACGACACCAGGCUGCCCCACAGCCCCAUCCCCACACCGUAUGGGGGGGAGAGGGGGGGAUUUGAUUCUCCCGUCCUAUUUAUUCUCUGUCCAUUCACUUCUCUGUGGGGUAGGGGAUGUGUCCUAUGGUUGGGGCCGUGUUCUGGUGGCUGCUUUGUGGCUCUGGGCUCUUUAUGGAGCUGCUAAAGGGACUAAAGGUGCCGCUGGGGGGUUUGUUGGGGACCCGGGGCCCUAAAAAAGGAGGCAAUAAAUGGGGGCCCAAUGUGGGUCGGUGUCA